GCUCGGGCCGGGGCGGAAGGCGGAGCGGAGGGGUGGGGGGCGGUGGCUGCGGAGUUGGUGGUCCUGGCGCGAUGGCCGCCUCGGUGUUCUGCUGCCUGCGGUGCUGUAGAGACGGCGGUACCGGCCACAUCCCUCUGAAAGAGAUGCCGGCCGUGCAGCUGGACACGCAGCACAUGGGAACAGAUGUUGUCAUCGUAAAAAAUGGAAGAAGAAUAUGUGGAACAGGUGGUUGUUUAGCCAGUGCACCUUUACAUCAAAACAAAAGCUACUUUGAAUUCAAAAUCCAGUCCACAGGAAUCUGGGGUAUUGGAGUUGCAACCCAGAAAGUGAACUUGAAUCAGAUUCCUCUUGGCCGAGAUGUGCACAGUCUGGUGAUGAGGAAUGAUGGAGCCCUGUACCACAACAACGAGGAGAAAAAUAGGCUGCCAGCAAACAGCCUUCCACAGGAGGGAGACGUAGUGGGUAUUACAUAUGACCAUGUAGAACUAAAUGUAUACUUAAAUGGAAAAAACAUGCAUUGUCCAGCAUCAGGUAUACGAGGGACAGUGUAUCCAGUUGUUUAUGUUGAUGACAGUGCAAUUUUGGAUUGCCAGUUCAGUGAAUUUUAUCAUACUCCUCCACCUGGUUUUGAAAAAAUACUAUUUGAACAGCAGAUCUUCUGAGUGUAUUUGUUUUUUGAAACUUGUAUUUCUGCACUAUUUAAAGUGUUUACCAUUUAAUAAAGCUUUACCUGAGCUAUAGAUGAAAAUAUAUUCUUAAAAAUAUGCUUGUUAAUGUUGUCUAAUGAACCAGUGCAUUCAGUAUACCACAAGAAAUUUGUGAUUUAAAAUACUUGUGUUUUGUGAUAUAAAAAUCAGCAUUUAGGGCAGUUUAUUUAAUUCUUAUUUAAAUAAAUUUAACAUUAUAGGUUUAAUUAACAGUAUUAAAUGGAAAUAUAGAGAGAGAGGUUUGAAAGGGAAUCUUUCUUAGAGAUGUAGAGUUGAGGGGUUUUUUUUUUUUUUUGUCUCUCUGAAGCUUAGACCUCACAACUGUGUUAAAUCUAUAGUCCAGUAAUCUUGUGUCUCUGUGUCCUGUUUUAUAUACAAUAUAACAAAGAGUGACAGAAAUUAAAUUAUUAGCAACUUCAUUUUUUGGCAAUCUAUUUACUGUAAAAUCUACCACUUUUCUUAAAAUUUAAAUUGCCUAUUUUAUUUGUAUAAUGUCAUUGUUUUAAUUUGCUGUGUGAAAGGAAAUAAUGUGUUCUAGGAAUUGUCAGAGCAUUGUGUUGAAGACCAUCAUGCGGUGUUACUUCAGUACCAGAGUAGGUACUAAUUGAUUAGCGAUGUAGUGUACACUGGCACACAGAACAGUAUGAUGGAGCUUUAAGCUUAAAUUUAAAUGAGAGUAUUCUUUUAUGGACUAUUUUACUUAAAUGUGUGUUUUUCUGUAAUGAAUAAUAAAAUAGUAAUUAAGAGAUAAUAAGUAUAUUAAACACAUGUUCAUCCUUUUUUGUUAGUUAUACAGUAAAUCCAUUUCACCUUUGGUUAUUUCAGAAAUUCAGAGAGAAGUGAGUGUUCUCCACGACCCUGUACCUUUGCCCAGUUUUUUGUAAGAAUCACUGUCUUUCCGUUAACACUCUGCUAACCUGAAGUAAGCACUGUCCACAUCUUUAGGUAGUCUCUCUUUUCAGAUAAGCAUGCCAGGGAGGCAUAAGUGCCACACUUUUAUCAAUAAGAAGCAGUAUGGUGUGCUAGAAAAACAUGGGUGUUGAAAUCAGAAGGUGCUCUGAAUUGUAGUUUUGCUACCUAAUCCCAUCGUCUCCUCAGGUGAGUUCCUCAGUCCCGGUGAGACCCAGAUUCCUUAUUUAAAAAGGAGUAACCAUACUUACUUGGUAGGAUUCUAUACUAGUUAAUAAAUAAGGUAAUGUAUGUAAAACACCUUAAUCACCAUUUUAAAAAAAAGAAAAAAAAACAUUGCUGUGAGUCGAUUCUGACUCAUAGUGAUCCUAUAGGACAGAGUAGAACCACACCCUAGGAUUUCCAAGGUGUGGCUGGUGGAUUCAAACUGCUGACCUUUUGGUUAGCAGCCGAACUCUUACCUGUUGCGCCACCAGGGCUCCUUAAUCAUUGUAUGCCCUUGAUAAUGUAGCUUUCUUGUUGACUGUAAAGCAGUGGUUUUCAUAGUUGGUCCUUAGACCAGGAGCAUCAGUAUCACCUAGCAACUUACUAGAAAUGGAAAUUCUCAGGCCCCACAGAAACCUACUGAAUCAGAAACUCCUGGGGUUAGGACCCAGCAGCUUGUAUUUGUUUUUUUUUUUUUCCUAGUGGCUAUGAAGUGGUAUAUUAUGGUCAUUUCCCUUUGCAUUUCUCUAAUGACUAAUAUGUUGAGUAACUUUUCAAGUGCUUAUUAGCCAUUUAUAUACCUUCUUUCAUAAAGUGUUCAAGUUUUUGUCCAUUUUAAUUGGAUUGUCUUUUUAUUAUUCUGGAUAAAAGUUUUUGUCAUAUAUACAUUAUUACUAGUAUUUUCGCAAUCUGUGGCUAGCUUUUUCUUUUCUUUUCUUUUCUUUUCUAUGUGCUUAUUAUUAUUAUUGUGUUUUAGGUAAAAGCAGCAGCCUAUGUUUGAACACGCCCUUCAGGUGAUUCUGAUGCACACUAAAGUUUGAGAACCACUGCUUAAAAAGGAGAGAACAUUUUACCUAAUUAUAGCCUAGUGUAACUUUUCUAGGGAUUUAAGACUGGCUAUUUUUGACCCAAAGGGUAGAGAAUCCAGCACAAUGUUUAUUUAUUGUUUAUUUGGUAGGCAAAAAAAGUGACAAUGUGCUUUGAAAACAGAGAUAUACUUGAGUAAUGUAUUUAUUUACAUAAAUCCCAGAUUUUCCUCUGAAGAUGUAUGGAGUUGAACUAGCUAUGUAUUUCAGUAAAACCUGUGAAAGCCAGAACCUGUGUAAGGCAGAAACCUGUCAGAGAAAAAAACUCAAGGAAAAAACAAGGCAAUCCUGUCGAUUUCCAGCUCUCACAGGUUUCACUGUAUUUGUGCAUUUUGUCUGAUUUUAUGUCAUAGUAAUUUUAAUUUAUAAGAACAUGCUUAGGAAAGUGAAUUAAAAUAACUAUUUUUUGUCUUUAUAAUAUUAUCCACUGCUUUAUUUUUAAAAGCCAACCUUAAAAUCCUCAUGUUCCAUUCCUCAAGACUAUCUUUUCUGUCUCUGAUAAUCAGAUUCAGACCUAGUACUAAAAAUGAUACAUAAGUUAUAUUAAUGGCAACAAUUUGAUGAAGUCUAGAUUUUUUUAACCUGUAGGUAUCUAAUCCACUUAAGAAAAUUACCGUGACUGGUCUUCCUCCUCAAAACCCAUAACCCCAGUCUAAUCAUGAGAAAAACAUCAGACAAAUUGCACUACAAAAUUCUUAUAAAGCACUUCACUAGUACUCCUCAAACUGUCUACUUCAUCAAAAGCAAAGAAAGUCUGAGGAACUUUCACAGCCAAGAGGAGUUUAAAGAGAUAUGACAAGUAGAUGUAAUUUUGGUGUCCUGAAUGAGAUCCUGAAACAGAAAAAGACAUUAGGUAAAAUCUAAAGAAAUCUGAAUAACUGUGGACUUUAGUUAAUCAUGGGGUUCCUGGGUGGUACAAACGGUUAAGCACUCCGCUACU